AUUGUGUAGAAGAAAUAGAGCAAGAGAAAAGCCAAUUUCAUUUUAUCUUUUCUUGGAUAUUUAAAAAGCCAUCGAAUGGAGUCCUCUAUCUCCAUACGAACACACUGAAGAAUUUCUACUACCCCUAUAACAACACUGUCAUGCAAUCAUUUGUACAAUUUUCCAUCAAUUUCUCAGCCCUAAACCCUCUUUAUAAGGAUUUAAGCACGAAACACAGAAUAUUUAAGUUAAAAUUUUCACAACCCACAAAUUAUUACUCUCUUUCGAGAACAAAGGUUGAAUCUUUGCCCAAGGACAGGUUAAAGAUAGGAGUGUCUUCCUUUGGAGUGAGCAGGGGUAAAAAUGGGAUUUUAUCGAGGACGGGAAGGGCUGUUGUGGUGAGAUUCAAUAAAGGCUUUAAUGGUAUUGGAAGAGGCGGCGGCGGCGGCGCCGGUGGUGGUGGGAAGGUUAACAGUGAAACUGCAAGAAUUUUGGGGAAUCUUGCUCUGGCAAUUCUUUUGACUUAUCUCUCCAUGACCGGGCAAUUGGGUUGGCUUCUUGAUGCUAUUGUGUCCAUUUGGAUUCUCGCAGUGCUUAUACCAAUUGUGGGUCUGGGAGCUUUUCUUUGGUGGGCUGGACGUGAUAUAGUUCAAGGCAGUUGUCCAAACUGUGGAAAUGAAUUUCAGAUAUUCAAAUCUACAUUGAAUGAUGAGUUGCAGCUGUGUCCAUUUUGUAGCCAGCCAUUCUCAGUGGUAGGCGACGAGUUUGUAGCAGAUCCAGUGAAGUUCUCCAAUGAAUCUUCAAUAUUUGAUCAAACAUUCAGUGAUUUCUCUCCUCGUACAAAAAAAGGAAAGGAUUCUUCUACUUCAGUUGUUGACGUCGAAGCAGAAAUAAGAGAUGCAGAUUGAGUUUUGCAUCGUAAUCGUGAACUAAAAGGUCAAUUGCACUCAUUCAAGUUCACACAAGGCACGACAAGUACAAUGUUCCAACUGAGAUUGCACUUCUAUGACUUGAUAAUAAUGUGUACUGUUGUAUAUUAUUUCAUCUUUUUUUUUACACAGAAACGAUUCUGCCUUGGAUAAAUGUAGAUCACCAGAUUGUCAAAAGAAUUGUUUGUUCAUAAUUUGGUAGAGGAAUGAUACAUUGUAUUGAAUUUAAA